AUGCUCACGGUAUUUGAUAAGUUGAGUAGGGAUAUGAUCAUCUUAACACUUCCGGCUAUGUUAAAAGUCAUUACAGCAACCAUAAAUAAGUCAAUUGAAACAUCUACUUUUCCUUCUUCGUGGAAAAUAGCUCUCGUACGUCCUUUACCUAAAAACAAUGAUCCUAAGGAUCUCAAAGACUUAAGGCCAAUAAGUAUACUACCCUUUCUUGCAAAAAUUUUAGAAAAAGUUAUUUAUAAUCAAGUCAUCAAGUUUUGUGAUGCUAACAAUAUUUUACCUGACUUACAAUCAGGUUUUAGAAAAGGUAGAAGCACGUCUACUGCUUUACUUGACGUGGUUGACAAUAUUCUUACAUCUCAAGACUCUGGUAGAGGUACGAUCCUUACCCUGCUUGAUUUUUCAAGAGCAUUUGAUUCUAUUAACAUAGAUUUGCUGCUGUCUAAGCUAUCGUUUUAUGGUUUUGUAACAUCUUCUAUAAAAUGGUUUCAAAGUUACUUAUGCGGCCGUUCACAACAAGUAAUAUUAAAUCAACCAAAUGGGUCUUCCCUUGUUUCUGAACAACGACCACUUAAUAGAGGUGUUCCACAGGGUUCUAUCUUAGGACCAUUGUUAUUUAUAAUUUACACUGCUGAUAUAACUAACUGUAUGCACUUCUGCAAAUACCACCUAUAUGCUGAUGAUCUACAGGUAUAUCUUUCCUGUAAUUCACUUGAAUUUCUUUUCACAAUUAGUAACAUCAAUGAGGACCUGAAUCGAAUUGCAAUAUGA